UGCGCCGACCUGUAAUAAAGCUCGAACCGGUAUCAUCGAGUGGCAUUUGAAGCGAUACACCCAACGAUAGUACAGGGCGCACUGUGCUAUCUAUAUAAAAGGAAGAUGCCGCGGAUAAACACUCGUCAGUAGUACCGUGCAUGCAAUAUCUACAAAACUAAAAGCAGUUGACGAGGAAGAUUUCCAAGAGUCGUUCUUGUUGUACACGUCUCCACUCAAAAUGAAUCCGCGCGUGAUCAUCCUGUUGGGCCUGGCGGCGGUGAUAUCAGCGGCGAACGAGCCGAUAGCCAUCGUCAGACAGGAGCAGGACAUCAGCCCGGACGGUAGUUACUUUCUCAAGUGGGAGAGCGCCAACGGGAUAACGUUCGAGGAGCAAGGCGUUCAGAAAAACACCGGCCAGAAAGACAAGGAAGCUGAGGAGGUGCGCGGCUCGGCCUCGUGGACCGCGCCCGACGGUCAGAAAAUUAAUCUCGCCUGGCUGGCGGACGAGAACGGCGCCACCUUCCAAGGGCCGCAUCUGCCGACCCCGCCGUCUCCGCCGGAAAUUCCUCCUCUCAUCCAACGCGCUCUCGAUUGGAUAGCCGCUCAUCCUUACAAGGAGGAGAAAAACAGAGUGUAAAUCGCUGAUGGGAAAAAUUGUUUAUUUUUUGUUAACUCAGCCUUAACUACGUCGCAUCGAACAGUCAUCCGUUAUUUGUAUUAGUCGGACAAAAAAAAAACAUUUGUAUGUAAUAUAAAUGUUGUAUAAAUGUAUCGUGUGUAUAAAACAUUUGUAUAAACGUGAUGUACUUAAUAUAUACAAGUGUGAUGCAAUUAUUCUUUCCUCGGGAGUAUUUUUCCUCGCACAUAUAAAUCGCUUUGUUUGCUUUUAACGUGGUGAAAUAAAUUGUUCGAUAAUGCAAAUGAAAAAUACAUCGCUGUCUCUUGACGACAGAAGCAACUGCGUAAAGUGAAAAGCAGAUAUCGCAUAUGCACUCUCAUUACGUAUGUCUUUCUUUACCUACUUCGCGAGUCGGCAAGUAAAUUAUACGCGAGAACGUGGGAAUAGCAAAUUUGUAAAGUUGGGUGUGGGACACACACGUGUGCGUGCGGUAAUAGGAAAAUCGGGGUCAGAAAUGGCCAUUGUAGCGGAAGGGAAAGACGAAUCGUUAUAUAAGUGAGUGAUAGCGUGAUUCUCACUGCCGCAUUGUCAAUCACAUUACUUCUCUUCUCAGAACCGAAGACUCACAAGCAUAGAGAGAGAGAGAGAGAGAGAGAGAGAGAGAGAGAGAGAGAGAGAAA